AUGUCCUCCGCUUCUAAGGCAGUCGAUGCGAUGCUGAAGCCGCUCCUGAUCGGCGGGCGGCCGAUUUCCAACCGCUUUAUUAUGGCCCCGCUGACGCGCUGCCGCGCUGACGACGACCAUGUGCCCACCGCCGCGAUGGUGAAGCACUACUCGGACCGCGCCUCCAUGGGCCUCAUCAUCACGGAGGCAACGCAGAUUCAGAAGGGCUACUCUGCCUUCGCGCACGAGGCUGGCAUCUACGGCAAGGCGCAGGUGGACGGCUGGAAGAAGGUGACGGAUGCGGUGCACGACAAGGGCGGCAUCAUCUUCUGCCAGAUCCACCAUGGUGGCCGCUCUACAGUGCCGUCAAACCUGGACAAGGGCGUGCGAAUCAUUGCGCCAUCCGCAGUCGCCAUCACCGGCCACGAGUGCGCUCAUUACUUUGCGCGAGAUGGCAAGAAGCAGCCGUACCCUGUGCCGCAUGCAAUGACUGCAGAGGAGAUCGCGAGCUGUGUGGACCUGUACGCGACUGCGGCUCGCAAUGCGAUAGCGGCCGGGUUCGAUGGUGUGGAGGUGCACGGCGCGAACGGGUACCUGAUUGACCAGUUCCUCAAGACCGGCUCGAACCAGCGCACAGAUGAGUACGGCGGCUGCAUCGAGAGCCGGUGCCGUUUCCUGUUCGAGGUGUUGGAUGCCGUGAUCAAGGCGAUUGGCCGCGAGCGCGUUGGCCUCCGCAUCUCACCUCUCAACAGCUUCAACGACGAAAGUGACGAGAACCCGGAGGCGUUGACGCGGUACAUCUGCUCGCAGCUGAACUUGCGCAAGAUCGCCUUCCUGGACGUGAUGCGCGCUGACUUCUUCAGCCUCGCACGCGGUGCGGACAAGUGGGCACGCGAGGAGUACGAGGGCGUGUUGUUCACUGGCAUGGGCUUCGAGAUAGAGGAAGCAGCGAAGACGGUGGAAAGCGGUGCUGCCGAUGCUGUUGUGUUCGGCACUAAGGCGCUUGCAAACCCUGACCUGGUUGCACGUGCGGUCGCUGGUGCGCCGCUGAACAAGCCUGAUCCUGAGACUUUUUACACCACUGGCGACGCAGGCUACAACGACUAUCUGUUCAUGGAGCCUUCUCAUGGCUUGCCCGCUGCCCCGUCCGGCGCGCAGGAGGCGCCACCACAGUAA